AAGAAAGACUGGAACUAGUUGCUCAAAAUGGCAAGUGAAGCGAAGGGACCGAAGCGAAGAGGUAAAUCUUCAUUUCUUCAUUAGGGGUUUGUGUUAUUUAUAUUUUGCAUCUUGGUCCAAAUUCUAUAAAGUAUAAAGAUAAGUCCAAAGAGAUUUCUUAUCGAAAUGGCAUUCCAACAGCAUGGAAAUCAAGAAGUUCGGAAUAGAAAAAUCUUACAGGGUCUGGAAGAAAAGAAGCGUCAAAUGAUGAACCAACAGCAAGGUGGCGGUGCAGGUCCUCUUCCUGGCCCAAGCCAUGUUGCCAGACCACCCACAGACGCUGGCAACACGUCAGCGUCAAGAAUACAUGAGCCGAUUGUGCGUAAUCCAAAUCAAACCCAUCAGUUGGCCAUCAGCCAGAGACAAGCAUUAGAGCAUGCACACUCUGUAUCACCUGGAUUCUACAUCACUCAAGAUUCCAUGUAUGGAAACCUCAUUCUUCCAGUAAUCCCCAGGGUGGAAAGUGAAUAAUAUGAAACACUCAAUUGCUGUUUCACACAUCUGCAGACAGGGAUUUGAAAGGACCUAUCUGCUCAAGUGGAAAGUUAACACCAAUGAAAAAAACUGAGUAUCAAUGCAAGCUUGAAUAAAAUAUCUUAGAGAGAAAUGGUCCACUUAAUGGUUUAAAGAAGCCCUCUGCUCAAAAUCCUAUGGACCUGACUCAAUUCAAAGAGUGUUGAGGUUGGAAGCAAGUCAGAAAGAUACAGUUAUUGCACCAAGCAGCUACUCAAGGAGCUGAAAAACAGAUUGACUAAUUAAUACCAGCCACAUGAUGUUCUGUGUAGUUUUCUAUUUGAUUGAAGUGUCAUAGUGUAGUCUAGAUUCUGAUCAAUAACUGGAUUGAUCUAUUUUGAAGUCAAUAUCAUGAGUGUGAGUUGCAAUACUACCAAACUACGAUUCCCAAACUCCAGGCACCCCAGAUCACUCAUAAUCACCCACCCCUAUAGUACCGCUCUUGCUGCAAUGAAAGCCUUGGUUCCCGAAAAUACAUCUUUCAGUAAAUGUAAUCAGUAAACUGAAGUUGGCCUAAAGCAGCAACAAAGGCAGAUUGCAUGCCAAAAAGCAAGAGAUUUUUCCAUUUAGUUGUCAGCUAAUAGAUGCCAUGCAAAGAAGCUGUAAAAAAAAAUUAAUUAAAGGGCAAACUCAACAAAAAAAUACUUUAUUGGAGUAAGAGUAGGGAAUAGAGGAAGAAAAUUCAACACUACUAUUAGAUAAAAAGGCUUUUCCCUAUUCUUUGUAUUGUUACACAAUAAAAGCAAAGAAAGUAUUA